AUUUUCCCUGCCCAAAUGGUUGCCACAUGACCAAAUAAUGAACCAGUGGCUCAUACUCGGCUGAUUCUUGUUGUAGUUUUGCUGGCAGUCCCUGUUUAAAAUGCGUCAGCUGUACUGAUGCUGAUGACUGACAUAAAAUAUUUUUAAGCCAAAUUUAUUUUGAUGAAUUCAGAAAGUAAAUACGUUCGUUGUGUGAUCUAUGAGGGCAAGAAAUGUGAGUUCAUACAUUUCUACCAAACGAUGAAUGAAUUAAGUUUGUGGCUUAGAUUAGUGUUCAGGUGCAGCAGGUGAACGCGGCGUGGAGGAGGAACCCUCCGGGUCAGUCUGGGAUUAGGAUUAGAGCAGAUGAUGGGGCUGGACAUAUGGGAGGGCUAAUUGGAGCUAACACGGCAAAAUCCCUUUGUCAUCAUCCAGAUGCAUUUAGAAACGAGAUGCAUUUAGAAAAUGUAAAGUUUUCUGGAUCUGGGAGCUUUGUUUUGAAAGGGCAACACAACCAAUUUUGUUUGUAAAGCUAAAUUUAAAUUUGCAUUAACUGCUUUAUUCAGGCAGAAGGAAACUGUUGGUUUUGAUCUCAUUUACCAACAAAUUCAAAUUAUAUUAGACGAUAAAUUGUCCCAGAAGUUAUUGCAAUAAACAGUAAUAAUAUUAUUUUUUUAGAUUAUUUUGAACUAAUAUGUAAAUGCCAUAAUAAACAAGACCAAUAAACUUUGAGCUCUAAUUAACAUUUAACACUGGAACUGGAAGAUGUUAUAAAUAUCCCAAAUAAUAAUAAAAGAUAAAACAGAAACAACAAAUAAAAUGAAUUAUGAAGUUUAUGUUGAGACCAAAACACCAGACUGAAGACUUUCAUCAUUCAGUUUUUGGAGGAAUGAGAGAAACAAUAAGUUAUAAUUUGUUAUGCAAUUAAUUGAUUUAUUGAUUAUUGCAACAAGCUUUUGUGGGGUCAAAAUUAAAUACAUAUAUCAUGAAAUAAAUAUAUGACUAAUUAAAUAAUGUGCACUAAUCUAAAUUUUUAUUAAAUAAAUUAAUUUAAAAGUAUGUAUAAUUAUUUGACUCUUUAUCUUUAAAUAAAUAGAAGGGAAUAUUUUAAUAUAACUUUAGUGUUUUAUGAAUUUUUGAUUCCAACUGAUAAAAUAUGGAGUCCUUUAUUUUGAAGAGUAUUUCUGAACUUCAUUUAUAAAUGCUUUGUUUUGUUCCUCUCUUCCCCCCAUGUUAUUCUGCCCUGGGCACCACAGGACUUCGCACCGCCUUUGUUGCUUUAGCGGCGUGUGUCGGCGGGUAUCAGACCGGAUGCGAGCCGCUCUGCCAUUGGCUGCUCGGCAUCGGAAGGCAGGGCGGGUGUUACCGGCUGAACCCGAGGCUGCAUGCCGGGAUGCUGGCGGCGGACUAGACCCCGCAGCGGAGGGAUUUUAACCAUCCAUUCUGGCAGAACGGACCGCCGGAGCGUCUUCUGAUGAGGAAACAAUUGUUUUCUGUUACUAUGUCGCUUCCGCUUCCAGCUCUUCAUCCGUGAGCGCCAUGGUGGCGGGAGAGCUCGUGCAGGAGCAUCUGCGCGCGGACACCGGCGCACCUGAAGACAUCACGGUGGUCAGGAAGAGUCCGCAACCGGAGAGCGCACGGCGGCCAGCAGACACCGACUCCUGCUCCGACCCGGCAUGUGGUGGGCCCGACCGGCACCGGGACCCGGAGGAGCUGGAGGUGCCGCCGGAUGAGAGAGCGGCGAUGCUGCCCGGCGCCGGUGGAGGAGAGCCGGAGGAGGCGGGAGGGAGGGCGCCAGAAACCAGGCUGUAUUGGCGGCGGUUCGCGGUCCUGGCCGUGUUCAGCCUGUACUCCCUGGUGAACGCCUUCCAGUGGAUCCACUACAGCAUCAUCGCCAACGUGUUCGCCAAAUACUACGACGUCACCAACGACAAGGUGGACUGGCUCUCCAUGGUCUACAUGGUGGCCUACAUCCCGCUCAUCUUCCCGGCCACCUGGCUGCUGGACCGCCGCGGUCUGCGGCUCACGGCCCUGCUGGGCGCCGGGCUCAACUGCGCAGGCGCAUGGCUCAAGUGCGCCAGCGUCAGCCCCGACAGGUUCGGGGUCACCGUGACGGCGCAGGUCAUCUGCUCCGUGGCGCAGGUCUUCAUCCUCGGCCUGCCGUCCCGCAUCGCCUCGGUGUGGUUCGGACCGCGGGAGGUUUCCACCGCGUGCGCCACCGCCGUGCUGGGGAACCAGCUGGGGACGGCCAUCGGGUUCCUCCUGCCUCCAGUCCUGGUACCAAACACACCGGAGGACCCUGAGAGAACAGGUCGCAACAUCAGCAUCAUGUUUUAUGGGGCAGCUGCUGUUUCCACGGGCCUCUUCGUCCUCACCGUCAUAGUGAUAAAAGACAAACCGCCUCUGCCGCCCAGCCAGGCGCAGGCCGUGUUACCGGGCGUCUCGCUGGACAAUUACUCCUACAAACAGUCCAUCAUCAACCUGAUCAAGAACAAAGCCUUCGUUCUGCUGCUCAUCAGCUACGGCAUCCUGACCGGAUCCUUCUACUCCGUCUCCACGCUGCUCAACCAGAUCAUCCUCCAUUACUUCCAGGGUCAGGAGCUGAACACUGGGCGGAUCGGACUGACCCUGGUUCUGGCCGGGAUGGUCGGGUCCAUCCUCUGUGGCCUUUGGCUGGACCACACCAAGACCUACAAGGUAACCACUCUCGUCGUCUACCUGCUGUCCUUCGUGGGGAUGCUGGUCUUCACCUUCACCUUGGACCUGAACAACAUCUACCUGGUCUUCUUCACAGCUGGAGUCCUCGGGUUCUUCAUGACCGGCUACCUUCCUCUGGGCUUCGAGUUCGGCGUGGAGAUCACCUACCCCGAGUCUGAGGGGACGUCGUCAGGACUGCUCAACGCUUUCGCACAGCUCUUCGGCAUCAUCUUCACUCUGAUUCAGGGCUGGCUGACCACGGCCUUCGAUCCGCUGGCUGGGAACGUCUUCCUGUCCGCCUGGAUCCUGCUGGGUGUGAUUCUGACCGCUUUAAUAAAGUCAGAGCUGAAACGACACAACGUCAACAUGGCGACGGAGAGCAAAGCCCUGCAGGCGCGUCCCACCGAUCACCAUGGCGACCGUCUAGCUGGACAUCAAGCCAACGGCGUCCAGCUGGAGCCUUCGCUCAGCGUCUCCAGGGAAACGUCUCUGUGAGAACCAGAACCAAGCCCAGUCGGCUCCAGAACUCAGUCGGGUCCAGGUUGUUACUUUCAGAAACAGUCUUCAAUGGUCACAGCAUCGCUCCGAGUCGGGUCAGAACCCAAACUGGAUCUCCUGCUGCUCCUGGUCCAACCUGGACCAUGUCUCAGUUGGUCCCGGUUCUGGUUGGACACAUUUGGACUGAAUCAUGACAGACAAUCAGCUGCUCCUUAGAGUUCUGCUGCACAAACCGGUCCGGACCGAACAGAACCAGGGGGAACAGUGCACAGAAAAGCACAACUUCCUGUUUCCCGUUGCAGUGUUUCCUAAGAGAGGCCUGCGGGGGGCGCUGUGGGGCCACAACGUUGGAAGGAAGAUGAGAAAAAAAAUUCAUUCAAAAACAUUGAAAAAUUUAAAUCCCGUAAUUUUUUUAAUUUUAUCUAGUAUUCAAUCAUGUUUUUUAAAUAAUAUAUAAGUGAAGAUAAUUUAUGUAAAUGUCAUUUCUGAUUAUGAUUUUCUGAUCAAAUUCAUUUUUCCUCCAAGCGAGAAACGGAAAAGUUUCUGACAAAAGGCACAAAAAAUCAUGAGAACUUUGGGAAUAAAAUAAAAUUUGAUGUGAUUAAUAUCAGAUAUUGUAUUAUGUGGUAAAGAAGUCAUAAUAUAUGAUAUGAUAUAUCAUGGCCAAUUGAAAUCAGUUAUGAGUUAGCAUUUAUGCUAAAGGAAUGUAAUAAUUAUUGAAUAAAAACAUUCGAAAAGUU